UGAGAAGCAAGCGAUUGUAUUGCGGUAAUCAGGGUGCAAUGAUGGCUGCAGAACAAUCGAGCGUUGGGCGCUGACACAAGUCACCUGCCAUCUAUGAUCCUGCUGACAUGGUUGAAGAUGAAGAGUAUUUCGAGAUGUGCUCCUUUUGGCAUGAAGGCGAUGCUCCUGAUGUGAUGGUUUUUCGCAACGGGCAGAUCUCAGCGGAGGACAGCUUCAGCCAUUCUCGGACGGUGCCUUUGAUAUGUGCAGCUGCCGAAGAUGCUAUUGAGGCCCAGAGCGCAGCGUCUGGAGGUGGACAAGAGGAAUUCCUUCAUCAUUGGGAUGAUGGAAUUUACAGCUGUGCCAGGUGUCACCGUCAGCUAUAUCAUUCACAUUCCAAGUGGCAAGGGCCUUGUGCUUGGCCAAGUUUCCGAUCUUCCAUGGACAACGCUCUGAAGAUGCGACCAGUGACAAACUACGGCCGCUACCGCUGUGCAGUUAUGGAGUUAUACUGUGGAGGAUGUCGGCUUUUCAUAGGUCAUGGAUUCCAAGAUGCGCUGGAGAAGGGUGACGAGGGGCCAGAAUGUACUGGAUGGCGGCACUGAGUUCUAUCCCGCUCGCUUCACUUUAAAGUGGGUGAGCAGACCAGCUGAAGUCGCAAGGCUGUCAUGCACGGGUGACAUCGGCUACAUAUGCCGAUGGAGUGUGCUUUCUUGACAACUGGCGAGUGGCUAUUCUGCCUUUGCUAAUGUCCUGUUGGAUAAGGACCGUGUUGGGUCGCACAGCGUUUGGUGAGGAUCAUGGCGCAGUCGCUGUGCUGCUGCCCGUCGAU